UCGCCGGACGAGGCCCGCAUGGACUUGAACCCGUCCUUCCUGGGCAUCGCCCUGCGCUCCCUGCUGGCCAUCGACCUGUGGCUGUCCAAGAAGCUGGGCGUGUGCGCCGCCGAGGGCGCGGCCUGGGGCAGCGUGCGGCCCCUGAUGAUGCUGCUGGAGGUCUCGGGCCACGGCAUCCCUUGGCUGCUGGGCACCCUCUACUGCCUGGCCCGCAGCGACAGCUGGGCCGGCCGCGAGGUGCUCAUGAACCUGCUCUUCACCCUGCUGCUGGACUUGCUGCUCGUGGCGGUCAUCAAAGGACUGGUCCGCAGGCGCCGCCCGGCGCACAACCAGAUGGACAUGUUCUUCACCCUGUCGGUGGACAGGUACUCCUUCCCCUCGGGCCACGCCACCAGGGCCGCCUUGGUGUCGCGCUUCAUCCUGAACCACCUGGUGCUGGCCAUUCCACUGAGGGUGCUGGCGGUCCUGUGGGCCCUCGUCGUGGGCCUCUCCAGGGUGUUGCUGGGGCGCCACAAUGUCACCGACGUGGCUUUCGGCUUUCUCCUGGGCUACCUGCAGUACAGCAUCGUGGACUACUGCUGGCUCUCGCCCCACAACGCGCCCGUCCUCUUUGCCCUGUGGAGCCCACCGUGAUGGCAGCGCGUGGAUUGCGGCGGGAGAGACCCGAAGGUUCCCACGUCAUUCAAUGCGAUGCUGGCAGAAGCCCCAGCCAUUCCGCUUGACCCUCUUAAAAUUUCAAACUGCCUUUGGGACUUGCGGGGAUGUGAUGUGUUUGGCUAGGCUGGAGCAUAGGUGGCCAUUAUUCAUCACAGCUGUAUUAGGGAAAGCAAUAUAUAUAUAUGUCCUAUCGUAUUUAUUCAACAACUGUCUCCAGGACAACCAGGGGGGCAGGGAGAAACCAGGUUGGGGUGAUUGUGUCACUGUUUUCUUGUUAUUACUUUAAGUUGAUAGUAGUAAAAUGGGUGUUCCCUAAUAA